GAGACUUGAAAUUUGAGACGCUUUUCUCUUGCCACGUAGCUUCAACUUCCUGAUGUAAAGUCAUACAUUGUGUUGCUCCGAAUUUAACCAAAUGCAUCUUCACCAGAAACAUUGUAACAACAUGAGUCGAGAAAUGUAAACAUGGACUAAGCCUUGCUUCAAUUGAAGUGUAUUUUUAGUUGAAGGAAUAUCAACUCAAAAUAAUGGGUUGCUCCACCCUGGCCCUCUCCAGUGUGGUGUCCACGCUUGGUGGCCUGGUCUUUGGCUACGAGCUGGGGAUUAUCUCCGGGGCUCUCCUCCAGCUCCAGGCCGAGUUCCGGCUGACUUGUGUCCAGCAGGAGGCUGUGGUCAGUGCCCUUCUGAUCGGGGCCUUACUGGCCUCCCUGGUCGGUGGGUGGCUGAUCGACCGCUAUGGCCGAAGGAACUCCAUCCUCCUCAGCAACGUCCUCAUCCUGGCCGGGAGUUUGGUUCUGGUCAGCAACUCUUACUUGGCACUGGUGGUGGGCAGAAUCACGGUGGGCUUCGCCAUGUGCAUCUCCUCCAUGGCCUGCUGUAUCUUCGUGUCGGAGAUGGUCACUCCCAAGCACAGGGGUUUUUUGGUGACUCUGUAUGAAGUUGGUAUCACCGUGGGCAUCCUGGGAGCUUACGCCAUAAACUAUAUCCUGUCCGAUGCCAGGCAGGGAUGGAAGUAUAUGUUUGCGUUAGCCAUCGUGCCUACUUUGGCUCAGUUUGUCUCCAUUUGGUUCCUCCCGUCCAGUGCCGGAGCACCUGCUGCAGGCGCUCAAAGCCAAAGAGGCCUUAUUCACUCCAUUGAGAAUCACAAAGUGGAGAAUUCGGCACAUGUUUCCAACAGACUCGAUAAACCACAGUACAGCUUUCUGAACCUCUUUCAACAGAAGGACAACAUGAGGACCAGGACUAUCAUUGCCCUGGGCUUGGUGAUCUUUCAACAGUUCACAGGUCAGCCCAAUGUGCUCUUCUACUCCUCAACCAUCUUUCAUUCAGUGGGCUUCGAGAGCAACGCCUCGGCAUUGCUGGCGUCCUUGGGCUUGGGGGUAGUCAAGGUGAUCGCCACCUUGGUCUCCAUGGUGUUUGCCGAUAGGGUUGGCAGGAGGCCUCUGCUCAUUGGUGGAUGUAUGGUAAUGUCCGUGUGUUUGAUCACCAUAGGACUUUUGAGCGGGCGUUCAGUGGUCAACACCAAGACACCCUGUAGUGCUGGGGAUUAUGUCAAAAACAGCACACCCCUAACACAGCUAACGCUGGACAAUCAAUCAAGCUUUGACAUUUCUGUCAGUCAACGCCAUGGACGUCACGAUUGGACCGAAGUAAGGGAUAUUGUGUACGAUGAUGUGAUAUCCUUAGGUACGUUGAUGCCAGUGCCUUCUCCAGCUGUCCACAAUGGAGUGGUGAACUGGAUCAUUUUACUCUGUAUGAUGGCAGUCGUCAGUGCAUACUCAGUUGGAUUUGGACCAAUGACCUGGCUCAUUUUGAGUGAAAUAUUCCCUGCUGCGGUCAGAGGGAGAGCGUUUGCCUUCACUAACUGCUUCAACUGGGCUGCCAACUUAAUUGUCACAUUCUCCUUCUUGAAUGUCAUCAAUGUGAUUGGUUUGUCUGGAACAUUCCUUUCGUAUGGGCUGAUUGGAGUGGGAGCGGUGGUGUUCUUCUACUUCAUGUUACCAGAGACCAAAGGGAAAUCACUGGAGCAAAUAGACAGGGAGCUCUGUUUGAAAAGGGUACACAACAGUGAAGAAUGCUGCAACAUCCUUAGCAGGAGAAUCGACUCCCCCGGACUGCAAGAAAAACAGCAGUUUUCCAUUUCCAUCAAGUCAACAUACACGGGGGUCAUCAUCAUCAGUUUAGGAGCCUGAGAUCGCGGAUCUACUGAGGGAGUCUUGCUCCAACCUAUGACAAUGUCAUCCUAUCCUGUUUUGUUCUGUGUAAUACGUAUAACCCAAGUAUGCCUAGUCAGCUUGGUCUACUGUGUAGCCUAGCCUACCAUGUUUAUGUUUGUUAAAUUUUUAACCAUUUAGGACCACAAUGGAAAUAUGUUUUCAAACUUGUGUCAUCCUCAAAGAUU